AUGUCUCUUGAUCCUGCCUCCAACCUACAGACGCAUUCGCCCACAAGCUCAGGACGUUCUUCACCAGCCCCGCGAACACCUCGAAGAACGAUCGAGGACGCCCACUACAAGAAGGACAAAAGCUUCCGACGAUACGCCUCGGGUGUAGAACGUGCUUUGUCCCUGUUCGACACAGCUCAGCAAGAAUGGGCAGACUAUAUAUCCUUCCUCGGCCGCCUACUGAAGGCUAUCCAAGCUCAUCCUGUGGAUGUCCCCGUCAUCGCCCACAGUAGCACUGUUGCGACUCGAUUGGCGCAAUGCCUAAACCCCACAUUGCCCUCAGGGGUACACCAGAAGGCCCUUGAGGUCUAUUCCUAUAUCUUCAAAAUAAUUGGGAAAGAUGCCCUCAAUCGGGACCUUUACCUCUACCUCCCCGGGCUCGUGUCCGUCCUCUCAUUCGCCUCGCUAUCCGUGCGACCUUUUUUUCUCUCGCUGAUUGAAACAUACGUCCUGAGAUUGGAUAGUUGGGCGUUGAGGCCUGCGCUGAAAGCUAUUAUACUAGGUUUACUACCUGGCUUGGAGGAAGAGACAAGCGAAGACUUCGAACGUAUGGUCCAGGCUCUCGACAAACUUCGAGAGGCUGUGACGGUACCGGCCGCUAGUGAGGAAGAAUCCAAAAGUGAGGCUGGAUCCUCACACUAUUGGCAAUGCUUCUUCCUCGCCGCCAUCACCAAUCCUUCCAGGAGGCAAGGAGCUCUUGCGUUCCUUGUCCGCCGACUACCAAAAUUCGGGAGUCGUAAUCGACGCGGCUCGGUUCCUACAGACGCGUCUACUGCUCUGGAGGGAUUGCCAAAGGAGGCAGAGGCUGCCAUUUCUCCGGAACCAGGUCUUCUUGUCCGUUGCUUUGCUGCCGGUCUAUCAGAUCCUCAGCUACUGAUACAAAGAGGAUUUCUGGAUCUCUUGGUCAGUCACUUACCACUUGACUCACCAGUGCUUCAACAAAGAAUCAAUCAAGACGAUUUGGAUCGGCUUGUUACUGCUGCUGCGGGCGUAGUGUCUCGAAGAGACAUGAGCCUGAACCGGAGGCUCUGGGCUUGGUUCCUCGGACCGGAACCAUCAGCUGGGCCAGAUGGAACCGAACCUCUCGCUUCGCCUACGCAGGAAACGAAAAAUCUAGGCGUUGAUUCAUCGGCUCAUCAUGCUGUCUACUUUUCACAGUACGGCCUCCAAUCAUUGACUCGUAGUCUAAUGAAGAUGAUCAAUCGACCUAGUCUGCUCGUAGCGGAUCGCGCAAGACCCUUUCGCAUAUGCCUAUCCUUGAUGGAUCGUUGGGAAGUCGGAGGCUUGGUAGUCCCUGAAAUUUUUCUACCAGCUCUCCAGAGUGUCCAGAGUUAUAGCGAAACUGCCGAUAGAGAACAGCUUGACGAAGUCAUGAAAAGUGCUAGCGUCUUUUUUGACGGCGUCGAAAGCGGUCUUAUAUGGGGCAAGCUCGUGGAACUAGUCGUAACGGCAUUGAACAGCGAUGCAUCUAGUCACGAUAAAGCUGCUGGUCAGCUAAAGUUGGCAAAAUUCGUCAUGACUCGUUUCAACGUUCGAGACGAGGAGAUGUUACUGCAUCAUAUGCCUCUAAUGGUCUUGACAAUUCUUGUAAAUCUUAACAACCACACCAAACGGGUAGCUCAGAGUGCGGCAACAGCAGUUUCUGUAACACUGGCCCUUGAAACAGCGGACAUCCUCGUCCAACUCCUCCCAGAACGAGCUUUACGGACGUCAGAUUCUAGUCUGACUGCUCACAAGUCUGGAACUUCUUCCAAAGUGAAGUCCAGUGAAAUCGUCACCAAGAUCACCGGGUUCUACUUAGAGGCCCAUGGGACUUUGGAAUAUCUCGAACCUCCGUUCGAAGUGCCAGUCUUGGGACAAUUGUGUUUGCGUGAAGCGGGAUCACUGUUCACCUCGUCCCUUGGUCAUAAAUCUCCUCGAAACAUGGCGGAAGUAUCCUCAAGGAUCCUGUCAUCUGUUAUCUACAAGGUACAGGACCUACAUGCAUUGCACGACGUAGAGCUCUUGACAAUUCUUCAGCAGGUGCUUGUCCCAACUUCUCCGUCUAAACAAGCACCUACUAUACCCUUUCACCAUAUCGCUUCUAUCACAGCAGUUCUUUCGGCACUGCAGUCAAGUCGUACGCCCGAGCUUUAUAUCGCCGCUUCUCAGCUUCCAGACCUUAUGCAUCCUCUUGUUGCCUGUGCUUGGGAGUAUCUGUCGCCAUACAUGCCAAAAUAUCAUGUCGAGGCUGUUCGUUGCCUCUGGCAAUUACACUCAAUAUCACCUUCAAAUCGAUUCGUUGAAGCAGCUAUCACAUCAAUCAUAUCGCAAACUCCUUCCACAGAGUCUGCUGCCAUGCCAGAUGUGGGCCGGAGGUUCGCCCUGUUAUGGACGCACACAAUGAACGAUCAAAUAUCACACACGGGAAAGAGGUCCUUCUCUAGCCCCGAGCGUUUUAGUAGCUUACCGACGACUGGACAGACUACAACACCCACUGCUGGAUUUCAAGUGGUCUUGACGAGGCCACUGUUCCUAAUGCUAGAUGCACUAACCGAUGAGGGAACCGAGCUAUUCGCCUUUGUGAAGAGCUGGCUCCAAGACCUGCCCACUCUGAAUAAGGUGUUUUGGUUACUAGCCACUCAUCUCCAAUCUUUGCAGUGCCUGAAGGACAGGAAGGCUUUGGCACCAGGUCAAGCCGGCAAUUCGAAGCCCCUUGCGGCUCCGGUGGACGACUCCAAAGAAUGCCUGUAUUACCUGCGGCAUGUACUGAACAUUUUGAGGUGGCCGACAAAUUACACCUGGCUUACUUUAGCUGAAGAACCUGCCCCGCAAUCGCCAUACGAUCCCCCAGGUGCCGAAAGAGAAACCAUGCAGGUGUGGAUUGUCCGCACAUGUAUGAAGGCUCUUUCAAUGAAUGCACAGGGUGUGAGCGCUGAAGAGAGGCCCCAUUAUGAUGAACUCUAUCGUACCGCUGUGUCGAUUGUCAUUCAGAUAUAUCACAGCCCGUAUUCGGUCUCAUUGAAGGACUUGGAAUUGGAGACUCCCCUAAUGGCUCGACUGCGGAUUUCAUGCCCGUCUUUACAGAGUCUGCUUCUUGAGGCAAUACUCGCGGCGCUGAAGCUUCGGCUUUCAUCUCCACCACAACCUGAAAGGCCGCAGAGAGCCGCGUCGCGAUUAUCUAUGGUUUUGGAGAGACCUAAAGCCGAGGAGCCUGAAUCACCGCCUGUAGCUCCACCACCCGAGCUAGUGGAGUGUUUACGCGAUGGUUUCUCUUCACCUUCCAGCCGUCUAGAUCUUGAUGAUUGGGUCACCUUCCUUGCAGAAGUCUUGCCGCUCUUUGCGGAUACUAUCUUCCAAAACCUGUUACCACUCGUGGAAUGUUUCUGCACCCAGAUCAACCAAGUUUUUGGACAACUUCGUUCAACCUUCAACGAGCCUCUUGGAAAUACUCAAACAUCACCCGAAUCGACCCUGGUCUCACUAAUGAAUGGGUUGGAGCAGAUCCUAGCUAAAGCCCAUGAUCGUCUCGUCAUGCAGGAGACGAGAACUACAACCACGAAGUCUCCGGAGCAACCACAAGGGUUCUUCGGGAAUAUGGUUUCUGGAUUGAUCUCUACCGAAUCUAACCAGACCCGGAACCCCACGGCAAACAGCAGACUGACUGUUCUCCUGUGCUUCCAAGAUACUGUCCGCAUGUGCUUCUCGAUCUGGUCAUGGGGUGGCUAUGGGUCAAGUGAAGGGAGACAGGACCCAACAUCCCUAGCAUCGUUCGGUUAUACGUCUCUACGGAUGCGGAAUCGUUCUCGAAGGAUCUUGGAACACCUUUUCGCUGCUGAAGCUUUGGAGUGCCUCGAGACCCUAGCUGUCCUAUGGUGCAAAUCGGCCCGUGGAGGCUUUCAAGCCACAUCAGUCAUGAGCUUGCUCAACGUUCUCAAUGGGUCAAAACCUAAGCAUACUAUCCCUGCGAUCUUCAAUGCUGUAUACAGUAGAACGAACCCUAAUGCUCUCGAUCCUUUGAGGAUGUCAACUUUAACUUCAGACCUCGCGGAUACAGAUCUAGUCACCUUCCUAGUUGAUUACACGAAAUCAUUAGAAGAUGAUGCUAUGGACGAGAUAUGGCCGGACUGUAUAAUCUUCUUGCGGGACGUCCUCGCCAAUCCUCUUCCUCAUCGCCAGAUUCUGCCGACCCUCGUUGAAUUUACCGCUGUCCUGGGACAAAAGGUGGAUAAUACAAACUUUGGCGAGCAGCGUAAGAUGAGGAGAGAGCUAGGGGACCUGUUCACGAGGCUUCUUACCGCAGUGUUUACCACUCGAUCGAUGGGAUUCUUACAAGAACCCUCGCAAGUGGCUGCCGUAGAGAAGGCAUCUAGCGCAACGAACAGUGGCAGUAGCCUGAAGAGAUCUGUCGACGUUGUGACGAUUCUCACAUCAGUCAUACCUGAUCUGCCGCUGAUUCUUGUCGAGAGCGAUCGCGUGGCCAAUGCUGCGACCAGCAUUUCUACCAAUAUCAUAGGACCGACUUUCCGCGCCAAAGCAUUUCCGGAGAACGUGUCAAAACCGAUACUUGACCUACUCUAUCAACUCACUCGGGUAGCUCAGAGCAACAAGACCUGGAAAAAGGACAUUGCGGACGCUUUCAAUGAUGCACGCUUCUUUGCUACACCUCUUCCCCUCAUCACCUCUUCCUGGCUCCCCAUCCUCGCCCAAUGGACUCUCACAGACAAAGACCGCCUCCUCGAACUUCUCUCCCGCCUCUCCGCGCCCACAACGGCCGGCAUCAUGUUCGGCGUAGGCGCCGCCUCCGCCCGCCAAGAAGCCGACCGCAAAACCCAACUCACCCUCCGGCGCAUCUCCCUCCUCCUCCUCGCCGGGCCCCCAGACACCUUCACCCCCUCCCUCCCCGCCGUCUCUGAAAAGAUCGUCGAACUCCUCGCCGCCACGCCCGCCUCCUCUCCCUCCUCGACCACCCGCACCGAGCUUUUCAUGCUCCUGCGCGCCCUGGUCCUGCAAACCGACCCCGUGCACCUCGCGCCGCUCUGGCCGCUUCUCAACGCCGAGCUCGCCGCGGCCCUCUCCUCGCUGCUGCCAGACGCUGCCAACAAGGACACGUACAACAACGCCGCGCUGCUCCAGGCCUGCAAGCUCCUCGACGCCCUCGUCGUCCUGCUGCCCGACGACUUCCAGUGCAACGAGUGGGUCUUCGUCGCCGACACCAUCGACGCCGUCUACCGCCCCGCUGACUGGCAUCCCUCGGCGCUCGCCGACGAGAUCGCGGAGGUGCUGGCGGCCGCUGAGACGCCGACGAGCCGUGCGGCGCACCACCACCCACCUGCUUUCCCCGCGGUGAAUAGGGGCACCACCGCGAAGCGCACGCCGUGGCUGGAUCCGCUGAUUGCGGCGGUGCAGGGCAGCGAGGAGGGGGCGGAUGUGCGGGCCAUGGCGCGCUCGGAGCUGGUCAGUCGCGUGCUGCGGCCGUUUUUAGGGCAGCUGGGCCUCGUGGCGUUUGAGGCGACGUAUGGGAUGGGAGAGGCGGAUGUGGAGGGGGUGAGGGUGGGGUUGUUGGCAGACUUAUGCGAGGAUUAGUUUGAUUAGGGGAUGAGGUUGGCUUGAGUUGUUGGAGGUUGGCUUGUGGUGUUGCGAGGAAUUGAAAGCAUAGCUUUGGCGCUUUGGACGCUAGAAUGUGAGUAUGGAGAGGCUGGGUGGCAGUAUAGUUACUUCACGGUGUGCAUGGCCUUGUGUGAAGUUUUUGUCCUUCUUUUAUUCAUUCGGGUGGCUGGUAUCCAUAGAGUGCUAGACCGUCGCAGUCUUCCGAAAGUAUUGUUCCAAUGUGCC